AGUUUGCAAACAUAUGCACCUCUGGCUGAUCGUGUAACUGAGCGGCACAUGCGCAGAUCUGCAUCCUCGAUUGGUGUGGAAUGUGGAAUGUGGCACCAAAAAUCAGAAUCCCGAGGGGCCCAGACGUCGUCGGUGACGUCUUGGCUGCGCCAACCUUAUCGUGCCUGUUCUGCCACUUGUCUUAUCUUAUCGACACGUGCUUUCGUGAGAAGAUUUCCAAAUCCGAUUCCAGAAACGCGUCAACGCGCAAAGUCCAAGAAGCCCAUCCUUGCUGAGGGAUCGAAUGUCGUUUUCCUCUGAGCAGCUGUGCUUCUUACAAUGGAACGAUGAGCGUAGGCAAAGCUAUCACGGGGUUCGCCCCUCGCACGACAUUCCCCACGCCCAAUUCGAUACCCAAGACAUACUUCCUCGGUCAUCACCAUGCCGGUGCUGAGAAGAUCAAGACCAUCCUCCCCCAGAUCUCCGUCGUCCUCGAAUGCCGCGACUUCCGCCUCCCGCUAUCGACGCACAAUCCGCAUCUCGAGCAGAUGCUGGCCGGUCGAGAGCGACUAGUGGUAUAUACCAAGACACUCCUAGGGAAGAGCUCCAAGAAUGCGCAGCAGGCGCUGAGGCGUGUCUACGGCGACCGGGUCGUCUUCUGGGACAAGGCUGACAAAAAGACCACGACCAAGCUCAUAGAGCGUCUGAAAGAGCUGGCGAUGCAGCAAGGCAGCCUAACAGGUCUGCGCGCUUUGGCCGUGGGCAUGCCCAAUGUGGGCAAGAGCACGCUCCUCAACGCGCUGCGCAGCAACGGCCUCUCCGGAAAGGUAGCCAAGGCAGCGCAGACGGGCGACCAGGCCGGCGUCACCCGUAGGGUCGGGACGGCGGUGCGCAUCAUCGACUCGGCGGAGAAGGGCGGCGUCGCAUCGGGCGUGUACAUUAUGGACACCCCGGGCAUCUUCCAGCCCUACGUCGAGGACGGAGAGACCAUGAUGAAGGUCGCGCUGGCGCAUGGCAUCAAAAAGGGUCUCAUUGACGACGAGAUUCUGUGCGACUACCUACUAUACAAGCUCAACCUACUCGACCCAAAGUCGUACAGGAGCUACUGCGCGCCUACCAACGACGUCUACGAGUUCCUCGAGGCCGUGGCGCGCAAGGAGGGCAAGCUGAAGAAGGGAGGCGUGCCCAACAUGCCCGAGGCCGCCGCGCGCGUCCUGUCGCUCUGGCGAGAUGGCAAGCUGGGCAAGUACGUGCUGGAUGACCUGUCCGAGGAGACGCUGCAGGCCCACGAGCUUGCGCAGUCCGAGCCGCGUCUGAGUCUCAACCAAGCCAAGAAGGCCAUGAAGGAAGAGAGGAAAAAGGCCAAAGAUGGCCCUGUAUGAAGAAGUUUCUUGCAUAUAGAGAGACACCAUGUACAAAAACACCAGCAUAUCACGACGUAAUAUGACAUCCAAUCCAAGAAAACCGAACAGCAACAGCUCCGUGUGUUGUGUCCUAGUGAUAAAUUGAACAGGGUAUAGUGGUCUGACUGUUUUCGACGACAAAGGGUAAUGA